CCUAAUCUUCAACUACACACUAUAAUUUUUUCUUUAGACAGAAAAAAAAAAGAAAAAAAGAAAAAAAACUCCCUUCAACUUCUCUGUAACAUUGAAGAAGAGAGAAAAUAAGAAAAACCCGCCAUAACCAUGGCGGUUUCUACCUUCUCAAACUUCUUCUCCUCCUCUCAACAUUCUCUCUCUUUCCCUUCACCAAAUCACCACAAAUGUUCCUUUCCUCAAACCUUGAUGACUUUCUCCCUCAAAACUUCUCCUACUCUCUCUUUAACCACCUCAAACACGACCUUCCCACCGGUCACCACACCCUUCCGACCGCCGUACGUCACCGCAGGUGGUGGCUCUGAUGGUGGAGGAGGCGGCGCCGGCGGAGGGGACGGCAAUGGCAAUGACGGCGGGCCAGAUGAUGGUGGGGACUUCCGGGACCAAAACAAGGCGGAGGCAUUGAUGGCAUUGGCGGAGGAGGGACGGUCGUUGGAGAGCCUGCCGAAGGACUUGGCGGCGGCUGCGGAGGCGGGGCGGCUGCCGGGGGCGAUUGUGAGGAGGUACUUUGAGCUUGAGAAGUCAAUGGUGUUCCGGUGGUUACUUGGUUUUGGAGGCUUUAAGGAGAGGUUGCUUGCUGAUGAUCUUUUCUUGACCAAAGUUGCCAUUGAGUGUGGCGUUGGGAUAUUCACCAAGACUGCUGCAGAAUUGGAACGGCGGAGAGAGAAUUUCAAAAAAGAGCUAGAUUUUGUGUUUGCUGAUGUGAUUAUGGCCCUAGUAGCAGAUUUUAUGCUAGUAUGGCUUCCUGCUCCAACUGUUUCUCUCCGGCCGCCACUUGCCGUCAGUGCCGGCUCUAUCGCCAAGUUCUUCCAUGGCUGCCCUGAAAAUGCCUUUCAGGUAGCUUUGGCUGGAACGUCUUAUUCACUUUUACAGAGAAUAGGUGCAAUUGUGCGCAACUGGGCCAAACUGUUUGCAGUGGGGACUGGGGCAUCUCUGGUUGGUACAGGAGUCACAAAUGCAUUGAUCACUGCAAGGAAGGUUAUAGAUAAGUCAUUUGCUGGUGAAGCAGAGGAUGUGCCCGUUUUACCAACCAGCGUUGCCUAUGGUGUUUACAUGUCCGUUUCUAGCAACCUAAGGUACCAAAUACUGGCUGGAAUUAUAGAACAAAGAAUUCUAGAACCUUUGUUACACCAACACAAGGUUGUGCUAAGUGCCGCUUGCUUUGCUAUUCGAACAAGCAACACAUUUUUGGGUUCAAUACUGUGGGUCGAUUUUGUACGUUGGCUUGGAGUUCAGAGGAGAAGAGACUAGAGCGUAGGGCUGAGCGGCUUAUUUGUAC